UGUGGGUGCAGUCAUUAGAAUUCUUGAGUGUGAAUUGAGUGGAGUUCUGUAAAAAGCCCCCUGCAAACAUUGAGGCAGUGAACGUCAUUCCUUCUCGAAGCACGAUUUCGUAAUUGAGCUGUUUUGCCUAUGUAUAAGGAAGAGAGGCGCUUUGAAAGCGUACACCUUUCCACGAAACAAGUACAAAUGAGCUUCGCGUGAUUCCGUGUGUUGUUUGAAUCGUGUUGCAAAUUGAAUUGUGCUGGUUUAACAAGGGAAUUCCAAGGACACAACAUGAGUUUUAUGAACAUUUCGAGGCGUUCUGUAGCAUAUCUCUGUUGUCUUGGAAUUCUCUCAUGAGCAGAAAACAGAGCACAGUGCCUCGAUAUGCUUAUUACCACGGGCAUUGACCCUGCUAACUUCAACAAACGUUAUUACGAAUAGUAGAAUAAUAUUGUAUUGUUAAGAGUCGGUACCAAUCUGAGAUGAAUAGAUCGAGUUGAAAAAGUACUGCAUGCGCAUCUUGAGAGGAUGUUUUACAUGAGACAAGAUAUAUAUCCUAAUAAGCAGCUUGAUUAAUAAAUGUGACGGUCGUUACAACUUCAAUGUAACAGCGAUAUCCGUCCGUUGACAUUAGAGGACGUGGCUUAAAUUGACAAGUAUCAAUGAUCAUCCGCAAAGGAAAUAAGCCUCGCGCACCUGAAGGCCUGGAGCCGACAGUGGACGACAUCGCUCGCAGACUUUGUGCGGUGCACCCAAUUUUGUGUCCUCCUGACAUCGACGGCUCCGCGCUGUUCCUGGCACCGCCGCACGUGCACGUGCUGCGCUACAAGACAUCAUGGCCAGUGUCCGUGGCCUGGACGCUGCUCUCCACUUUGGUGGCUCUCAUGAGUCUCGUGAGCCUCGUUCAACCAGAGUGGCUGGUCCGCGAGCGGACGGACGUGUAUAGACCUCCGUUGACCUACGACCCCGAUGACCUGGCGUACAUGUUGGGUCUUUACGGUGCCUGCUACCGAGAAUCCGACGACAAUAACGCCGGCGGUGUGGCGGCGAGGGGUGACGCACUGUGCUUCAGGUUCGACGACGCACCCCCGGGCCACGAGCAGCCGCAUGCGGGUGCCAGAUUCCCUUCGGCCACGUGGCGCGCCGGAUUCCUGCUGUUCAGCUCUGGCUCGGCGGUGCUCUGCAUCGGGGCCGUGCUCGCGAUCCUCUCGCUGGCGAUGCACGGAACAGCGAACAGAGUGGCUGCUGCGGCUGUCAUAGGGCAUGCUCAAGCAGCUGGUGUGAUUCUGCAGGCGACCGCCCUUCUGCUGUUUCCCUGGUUCCUGGCCACUGCUUUCGCACAGGCUCACUGCGGCGACGAGUCGGGAGCCUUUUCGCUCGGCCACUGCCGGCUGGGAUGGGCUUCGGUUCUUGCCGGCGUCAGCACACUGCUCGGACUCUACUGCCCUGUCCUGGUGCGCUUCGUCUCUUACCCGGUCUACGCGCCGUGCUCCUGGAAUGUGCUAUAGUGUUCUGAAACGCUCACGUGGCACGCUGAAACUCAGUGACUGAACUUACCUCUUGCACGAGUGAAAAGCGCCCGGAUACCUGACUGGUGCGUGCGCAUUGUUCAAGCCACAGGCAAAUGUGAAGGCAUCCUCUACUAAUGCCAAUUGUAAAGGCAUACUGUUUUAGCUCAACGUGAAACGUGUUCGCGAGGUGUUCGUGUGCAAAUAUUUAAUAUCACUCGAUUUAACGGAGGGAAAAACCUCCGAUUUCAUUUCACACAGACCGCAAUAUCUGUGCGCAGUGUAAUAUGUAUUAUUAUCAUUCGCGAACUUCCACUGGCAGCGAUUUCGAAUGGCUGUUGUGGUACGCCAGAUCUCACGUUAGCAAAUAACGAAACGCCCUCCGCACAUCUGACCAAGUGUGAGCUACAAAGCGAGAUUUAUGUGCACGCAAUGUCUUGGUAAGUUGGCACGCAACAAUAGAGAAGGCGGUUUGUAGAGCCUUUAUUUAGGAUCAACUCACGUGGUGCUGGUAGUGCCUAUGCUGUUCUUGAUGAAAAAAAGAACUGGAAAUUUCGAUAUUUAGCACGUGUGACACUUCUCCGAACUCUUUUGGCAUGUAAGUCUGUUGAGCGCUUACAGCUGCCUAGAAUGCGAUCCAACUUAAUAUGACCAAGAUUCACGUGCAGAGUUGCACGCUUGUUGUAUGAGUCAGUCCGAGAAUUUCUGUGCGCACGUUUUAAAACCAGCGGCACACCAGGAAAUGCUCCAAAAGUUGUUGGUGUCAUAGUUCUUUGCCCCAAUGUGCAUGUAGCAUUCAUCAUUUCUUGUAUUUUGAUCACUGCGAAACGACACUGUGAGAAGUUUGUGAAGCGUUUAUUCUUUGUCUUAAGCGACAGAGCGCUCAGUAGCGUGCAAUAAGGUGCAGGCGAAAGAAAGAUAUAUUUUGUGCGAGUGUUUGAAUUGCAAUAUUUUUGGCCGGAACUGUGCAGUAUGCCUGCUCUGAAUCAUGUGCGCCAUGAGCAAUUCUCUAGCUUCAAUUUGAAACGACUGCGUUUUUCGAAAGUGUUGCUUUCGCACGAACGAUGCGAAGGUGAGUCAGUGCUCAUGAACCUGUUUAUAUAACGAGUGCGCGUCACGUUUGCGAGAAAGAAUUGUAACGGAGCGUGAGAAAGGUGCUGUGACGUAUUUUGAAUAUAUGUCGACCCUUUGGUACAAAAUGGCGUGGCAGACACGGGAUACAUCGAAUAAAGAAUAA